AUGAUGUCGCCGCCGACGAACGGCUCCGCCUCGCUUCCCGUGACGGACCUGUCCGACGCGGUACUCUUCCCCUUCGACGGCUUCUCCGCCGACGACUUCUUCGCCACCGCCCCGCCUCCGCUUCCUCCUACUCUCGGCGCCGACCCGGGGCGCCUCCUCCUCGCGUCCUCCCGCAACGACGUCCACGCCUCCACGGACCUGGCCGUCGCGGCGCCCGUGGAGACCACCGGGAGCUCCUCCGCGCUGGCCGCGGCGCUGCCACUGACGCCGAGCUCCGGCCAAAGGACGUCGUGCUACCGCGGGGUGACCAGGCACCGGUGGACCAAACGGUACGAGGCGCACCUGUGGGACAACACGUGCCGCCGCGAGGGCCAGAAACGCAAGGGACGCCAAGGUUAUGCAGGUGGCUAUGAAAAAGAAGAUAGGGCUGCUAGGGCAUAUGAUCUUGCUGCUCUGAAAUACUGGGGUGUCAAUGCUACUACUAAUUUCCCUAAAGAAAACUACAUCAGAGAGCUUGAGGAGAUGCAAAACAUGAGCAGGCACGAGCUUGUAGCUUCACUGAGGAGGAAGAGCAGUGGCUUCUCUAGGGGUGCAUCGGUGUACAGAGGUGUCACAAGGCACCACCAACAUGGACGCUGGCAGGCAAGAAUUGGUCGUGUUGCAGGCAACAAGGACUUGUACCUGGGGACUUUCGCAACCGAAGAAGAAGCGGCGGAGGCGUACGACAUCGCAGCGCUGAAGUUCAGGGGCGACAAUGCCGUCACCAACUUCGAGCCCAGCCGGUACAACCUGGAGGCGAUCGCCUGCAGCGACCUUCCGGUCAACGGGAGGCGGAUGAGCAGCCACAAGCCAACAGCGGCAGCAGCACCAGAAGCGCAAGGCGAGAUUACCUUCGUGUCCUCGGCUCCUCCGAUUCCCCAGCAGUCGUGCAGUGACGUGCAAGUUCCACCUUACGUCCUCCACGGCCUUCUGCAGCUCCAGGCCUCUGAGCCCCUGCAUGCUCUGCCGCUUUCGAGCUACAGCUUUGGGGAGCCCAGCUUCUACUGGCCCUUCGGCGACGUGGAGCAGAAGGUGCAGCUUGACAGCAAGGUGGAAGUGGCUGGUGGCAUCCUUCAGCUGGCCAACUCGGCUGUGUAG